AUAUUGUCGAGGACGGUGAGUUUGGACUAUAUUUAUUGUCAGGGAACAUAAGUUGUUAAUUUUAUUCAGGAACAUAUAUCGUCUGGGUACAUUUGUGUUAUAACUUUAUAACUCAUACUGCAUGAUCAACAGUAAUGUCUGUGCGAUCGUGUCUAGCGUCAAAACAAAAGGGAGAAGAUGCUAGUUCAUUCUCGGGAAAAUCAAGGCGAACUUUGGCAAGUAAGUCAAGUCACAGUUCAAAAUUCUCAACUGUGUCAAAAAGGAAAGAACAGUUAGCGCUUGCUCAGUUGAAGAGAAGCCAACUACUGAAACAGCACGAACUCGAACGAAGAAUGACAGAGUUGAAUUUCGAGAAAGAAUAUAUGGAAGCCCGAAUGGAAGAGGAACGAGCAAUCGUAAGUUUGAAUGUUUAUGAGAAUGAAUCAGAUAACAAUUCUGAGCAUGGAAAUGUUAACAAAAACACACUCUCAAUGAAUCAACAAGGGCAAGGACUAUCACCCCUUUCACAACCGUAUGUACCACAAGAGCAAAUAGUACAAGGGACUAAUAUAUCUUCACCCCAAGUUUCUAAGGUAUAUUCACCCGAAAGGCAUGCUGAACAGUACAAUGUGCCAUUGCAACUGACACAGGCAUACCCUCAACAAGAACAACCUGUACAGUCAAUUAAUAUCCCUUCACAACAAGUUUCUGAGACAUAUUCACCCAAAAGGCAAGUCGAACAGUGUGGUAUGCCAUUGCAACCCACCCAGAUGUAUAUUCAGCACGAACAACCCCUACAGUCACCUAGUAUACCUUUAUCGCUGAUUCCUAGAACAUAUUUACCCGAAGGGAAGGUCCAACAACCCACAGUUAAAGAGAUAGAUACAGGGGAAGAGAUGGUGAGAGCACUGCGACAAGUCGUGUCUAUGCCAAAAAUUAAGUACAUGCACUUUGACGGUGAUGCAAUAAAUUAUGCUUCCUUCAUGCAUAAUUUUGAAACAUGCCUAGAAAAGGACAACCCUGAUAAUUCCACUCGUUUGCAACUCUUGAUUCAACACUGCAAUAAUAAAGCCCGUGAUGCAAUUGAAAGUUGUGUAAACUUACCAGCUGAAGAAGGAUAUACAACUGCAAAGAAAACGCUGUAUGAGAACUUUGGAAAACCGCACAUAAUAGCACGAGCACAUAUUAACAAGUUACAGAACUUACCACCAUUGAAACAAGCCAAUGGAGCAAGUUUGCUGGAGUUUUCCAGGCACUUAGAGGUUGCAGAUAGAACGUUGACAAGUAUGGGGCCUGAAUAUGAAAGUGAGUUGAAUCACGUCAACACCUUGCGAGAGUUAACUCGGAAGCUGCCAUUAUUCCUGCGAGUAAAAUGGACAGAGCGUGCUGGUACGACGAUUGAAUCUGGCUCUAGACCCAAGUUUAAAGAUUUCCUCCACUUCGUGAAGAAAAGAGCAACGCUUGUAAAUAAUGAGUUUGGGGAAGAUCUUUGUGCGAGUCUUGUUAAACCGAAGGAAAAUGUGAGGAGAAAAGAUGGAUCGAGAGAACCCUCCCGAAGAUCAUCUUUAUUUGCAUCCGGCUUGGAUAAUCGACAGAGUCAUGGGAACGGAAGUGGGAAUUCGAUACGAUGCACGAUGUGUUCUGGCAACCAUAGAAUUUGGAGAUGCGAUAAGUUCAAGAAACUUUCCUAUCAAGAGAAGAAGAAAGUUGUGCAACAACGAGAACUUUGUCUUAAGUGUCUGAGUGAAGGCCAUUAUGCGAGAAAAUGUCCUAAAAUUCAUUUUAAAUGUCUGGUAGAAGGAUGCAGUAAAGGACAUAACACAUUGUUACACCCACCGCAACCUGAAGCUGCUAAGGAAGAAAAGGAAGACCAGAAACCUCCAGACCCAACUGAAACAACUGGCGGAACAGGAGAACAAGAAGUGAAAGUAACAGUUGCAACUGGGGCCGGCGAACGAGUGUGCCUAAGUGUUGUUCCUCUUAAAGUACGAGCAAAGGGAAGUAGUCAACCCGCCAUUAGAGCUUAUGCACUCUUAGACAGUGGAUCUGAAGUUACGCUUUGCCAUGAACGUUUGAAGAAACAACUUGCAGCAAGCGGAAGGAAGCUGGACUUCACAUUGUCAGGCAUGACCGGAUCGACCAAAGUAAGAAGUGAAUUGAUAGACAUUGAGGUGGCCUCACUGGAUGGUGAGACACUGAUCGAGUUGUCAAAUGUUAGAACUGUCAAUCAAAUGCCGAUCUCGGAAGCGUGUAUUGCAAAGAAAGGAGACAUUCGAAGUUGGUCUCAUUUACGUGAUCUGCCAUUACAAGAGUUGGAAACUAGAGAAGUUAUGUUGGUCAUUGGACUUCAAGAGAACCCUUCCAUGUUUUUGCCUUUGGAAUAUCGAUCUGGAGAAGAAAGGGAUCCUGUGGCAAUCAGAUACAGUUUGGGUUGGACGGUGAUCGGGCCCGUUGGUGAAAAAAUGGAUGGCAUGUGUGCGACAUCCAAUUUUGCUAGAAUGUCUGUCAACGCUGAUGAUUUUUCAACUGAAGAUCGUACGUUUGAAAGUCUGAAGGAAGCGAGUGAGUUUCUUACAGAAGAUCGUGCCAUGGAAGAAAGUGAGCAUGUAAUGAAGGAUAGAACUGGAGAAGUUAAAGAAGUUGAACGUGUUCAAGUUGAUCGUGAAAACACGGAUGAAGAUCUAAAACACCAAUUAGAAAGGCUGUGGAAAACAGACUUUGAAGGUUCUCUGGUCGAAACCAAGGUGUGCCCGUCGGUGGAAGAUAAGAAAGCGCUACAAAUAAUGGAAAAAACACUGAAGAUAGUGGACGGUCAUUUUCAAGUUGCUCUGCCAUGGCGGAAUAAUCCACCAUAUUUGCCCAAUAACAAGAUGGUAGCAGAAAGGCGGGGUUUGCUUCUGAAAAAACGCCUCCUCCGCGAUGACGAACUGUUGAAAAAGUAUCGGACAACGUUGAAUGAGUACCUAGAAAAGGGUUACGCUGAGAAAAUCCCUAAAGAGCAAUUGAACAUGGAGAACAGACCGAUCUGGUAUCUCCCGCACCACCCGGUUACGCAUCCCCUAAAGCCCGAAAAGGUUCGAGUGGUAUAUGAUUGUGCAGCAAGUUAUGGAGAACUUCGUUGAAUCAGCAGCUUUUGCAAGGUCCAGAUCAAACAAAUCAACUGACUGGCGUGCUUAUCCGAUUCCGAGAAGAAUCUGUUGCAAUGGUUGCAGAUGUAGAAGCAAUGUUCCACCAGGUCUUGGUGGAACCCCGCGAUUGCGAUGCAUUGCGGUUCUUAUGGUGGCCGAGCGAAGAUCUUUCUGGCGAGAUGGAGGAAUAUAGAAUGACAAGACACCUAUUCGGGGCUACGUCUUCGCCUAGUGUUGCUAAUUUCUGCUUGCGUAAAACAGCAGAGUUGCAUCAAGAUGAAUUUAACCCUGUGGCUAUAGAGACGGUGAAACGUAAUAUGUAUGUCGACGAUUUGAUGAAAUCAUCGAAGGAAACAAGCGAGGCGAUAGGCUUAGUGAGUCAACUGCGCCAUCUACUCGAAAAGGGUGGUUUUCGUCUCACAAAAUGGUACAGUAAUAGCAGAGAGGUGAUGAAAACGAUUCCCGAAACAGAAAGAGCCAAAUCUGUGAAAGAUUUAGAAUUGGACCGGCUGCCUACCGAAAGCGCUCUUGGCAUCAAGUGGAAUACCGAAGAAGAUAAAUUUGAGUGGCAUGUCUCGGAGAAAAUGUUGCAGUUAGUAAACGAAGCUUCGGUCACUCGGCGAGCGAUCGUAUCAGCUGUUUAUUCACUCUUCGAUCCCUUGGGGUUUAUUGCACCCUACGUAAUGAAAGCAAAGUUGUUGCUACAGAUGUUAUGUAGAAAAGGAGUUGGAUGGGACGAUCCACUUCAAGAGAACGAGAAGGCGCAAUGGAAACGAUGGUUGGCUGACCUUCCAAAGUUACAAGCAAUACGUGUAGAUCGCUGUUUCAAACCCGUUGGAUUUGGCGUCGUCAAGGAAAUACAGCUACACCUCUUCUCAGACGCCUCGCGACUUGGCUACUCGGCAGUUGCAUACCUCCGUUUAGAAGAUACCAAUGAACAGAUUCAUUGCGCGUUUGUUAUGGGAAAGGCUAGGCUUGCUCCCUUACGAGAGAUUUCAAUUCCAAGAUUGGAACUAACCGCUGCAGUUAUCUCCGUGAGACUUUCCAAGAUCAUACAAGAAGAGUUGGACCUGGAGAUAGAAAGAAUUUACUACUGGACAGAUUCGAUGUCUGUCCUGAAGUGCAUUAACAACGAAAGCAAGAGAUUCCACACCUUUGAAUCCAACCGCCUAACAGUAAUCCGUAGUGGCUCUGAUCCCUCCCAGUGGAUGUAUGUGAACCGAGAUGACAACCCUGCCGACGACGGUUCCAAGGGAGUUAAAUUGGACGCCAUGAUAUCUAAUGAUCGGUGGCUAAAUGGUCCUGAGUUUCUUUUGAAGGACGAAACACACUGGCCUACGAUGGUUCAAGUCCCGGUUUUGAAGUCUGAUGACCCCGAAGUGAGAAAGGAAGCUCAGAUUUACGCAACCACAGUACGAU